AUGAAAGACAUUCCAGCGGCCGAUGAUAUUCAGCUGGCUGCCCUUGGGCAUAAAGCCGAGCUGAAGCGGAAUUUCUCUAUGUUGUCGAUGCUGGGUCUAGCCUUUGCUAUUUUAAACUCAUGGACUGCUCUAUCAACUAGUUUGAACCUCAGUCUUCCGUCUGGAGGCUGCACCAGUGUUGUUUGGGGCUUGGUUACUGCUGGCGUUUGCAAUAUUUGUACUGCCGCAUCGCUCGCGGAAUUCCUUUCGGCCUGGCCUACGGCUGGCGGACAAUACCAUUGGGUUGCAGGUUCCAUUAUAGUCUCCUGGAAACGACAAAUGCCAAUGUUAUCCUGGGUUACAGGCUGGGCGAAUGUGGCUGGCUGGUUGGCUCUGACUGCCACCGGAGGACUGUUAUCAAGCACUCUUAUUGGGGGUAUCAUUGGCCUCGUUUAUCCGCUGUUUGAGUUUCAGCGCUGGCACCAGUUCCUCAUUUAUAUUGCAAUUAACAUAAUCGCAUUCGCCAUCAAUGCUUUCAUGAACGUGGGACUCCCGCUGGUCACCAAGAGUGCUUUCAUAUGGUCCCUGACCGGAUUCGUUGUUAUCUCGAUCACAAUCUUGUCAUGCGCGUCGCCAGAUUAUAAUUCUGGAAAGUUCGUAUUCGGCGAAUUCAUCAACACGACAGGCUGGCCUGACGGCGUUGCUUGGCUGCUUGGCCUGCUGCAAGGUGGCUUCGGUCUCACAGGUUUCGAUGGUGUUGCGCAUAUGAUCGAAGAAAUUCCAAAUCCCACAGUACUCGGGCCCAGAAUCAUGAUUGGAUGCGUCUGUAUCGGUAUCACCACCGGCCUGAUCUUUCUCAUUGUGCUGCUUUUUGUUGCAGGAGAUAUCAACCUGGUCAUCGAGUCUGCUGCGACACCUCUGUUGCAGAUUUUCCAUGAUGCUACUAAUAGCAACGCGGGAUCGAUCUGUCUUCUUAUGUUUCCGCUGGUUUGCACUGUUUUUGCGGCCACCACGAUCAUGACGACAAGCAGCCGCAUGGUAUAUGCGUUUGCGAGAGAUGGAGGACUGCCGGCUUCACCUUUCUUUAGCAGAGUUCACCCCAAACUCCAGGUGCCCCUUAAUGGAUUGUACCUGACAAUGUUCUGUGUGAUUGUAUUCGGUUGCAUUUUCCUCGGCUCAUCAAGUGCGUUUAAUGCCAUUACUUCUUCAUCGGUCGUCAUGCUUGACGUUGCAUAUGGUAUCCCGAUUGCGAUAAAUUGCUUAAGGGGCAGGCAAAUGAUCCCCGAGAGAGCGUUUGUUUUGCCACAGGCUCUCGGCUGGAUGGUUAACCUGAUCGCUCUCGCGUAUAUAUCAUUGACCACCGUACUCUUCCUGUUUCCCCCCGAACUACCUGUGACCGGUAGCAACAUGAAUUACUGCGUUGCAGCUUUCGGCAUUGUUCUGAUUAUAUCGGCGUUCCAAUGGAUUGUCGAUGGGCGCAAACACUUCACUGGGCCGCGUGUAGAUGCCGAGGUGCUGGCGGCGGUGGAAAGCUACAGUGGCCCAAAUAUUGACGGAGCUGCUGAGAUCAGGGAGCAAAAGUAG